CUGACUUGACUGACUAAUCAACUCUUACUAAGUCAUAGUUUUUCCCUCCCACAAUUUCCUUCCACUUUCUAUUUCUAUUUCUACUCUUCAACAUCAAUCAUAUCUCUCUUUAUUAACUCCGAAUGCUGCAAAUUUAACAAGAAUAGCUACCUCCUUGAAAACAAAACAAACAUCAAUCAACUGAAACAAACUACUGCAUGUUUAAGGUUUCUAAUUUGAUGUUGAAUUUUACAGGCUUGAUUCUAGUUUUAAUUAUGAAUACAAAGGGACUUAAAUUUGUGAGGUUUGAUGAUUGGAGAUCAGAGUCCUCUUUUAGUAUAGAGCAGGAAAACACUGUAAACAAAAGAAAAGAGAGACCAAGUGUAAGUGCUGUUUUGAAGAGUAUUGGAAGAAGAUUUGUGAGUGGAUCGGAGAAGAUGAAGAAAUUUAGAAGACCGUCUUCAAUUGUUCACCCUGUAAGUGAAGGACAGACAAAGAAGUUGGAUUCUUCUAAGCGCAAAAUUCUUGAUCCACAGGGGCCUAUGCUUCAGAAAUGGAACAAAAUCUUUGUAAUCACAUGUGUGCUGGCAAUUUCUGUGGACCCUUUUUUCUUUUACAUUCCAGUGAUUGUCGGUAAACAAAAAUGUCUUGAUUUGGAUGGAACAUUGCAGACUACUAUCAGUGUUCUUCGCACGUUCUUCGAUCUUUUCUACAUUCUUCGCAUCAUCUUUCAGUUCAGAACCGGAUUUAUUGCGCCUUCUUCUCGUGUUUUUGGAAGAGGUGAACUCGUUGACGAUCCUGUCGCCAUAAUGAAAAGAUACUUGAGUUCUCAUUUCAUCGUUGACAUUCUAUCAAUUAUUCCACUACCACAGAUUAUUGUUUUGGCUAUAAUUCCAAACUUGAAAAGCUCAGGUCCAUUUUUAGCAAAGGAUUUGUUGAAAUAUACAGUAUUAAUUCAGUAUGUGCCAAGACUACUGCGAAUUCGUCCGCUAUUCAAAGAAGUAACUAGAACUUCAGGCAUAUUGACAGAGACAGCAUGGGCUGGAGCUGUUUACAAUCUUUUCCUCUACAUGCUAGCAAGUCAUGUGGUUGGAGCUAACUGGUAUCUGCUUUCGGUAGAAUCACAGGUGCGGUGUUGGCGCAGAGUGAUGAACAAUGCUUCGAUCUUUCAUGACUCAUUCUUGGGUUGUGGACCGCGAAAUGCAACAGUCCUCUCACUUCUCAACGGUGCUUGUACUUUGGUUGACCCUGAUGAAAUCAACAACACAACAACCUUCAAUUUUGGAAUAUUUUACGAUGCUCUACAAUCACUUGUGGUUGAUUCAAACACAGAUUUUCCUCAGAAGUUCUUCUACUGCUUUUGGUGGGGUUUGCGAAAUUUAAGUUCUCUUGGACAAAACCUCAAGACAACUACUUAUGUCACGGAGAUAGCCUUUGCGAUUUUCAUUGCCAUUUUUGGAUUGGUUUUAUUCUCAUUACUUAUUGGAAACAUGCAGAAAUAUUUGGAAUCUACAACUGUUAGGGAGGAAGAGAUGAGAGUGAAGAGGAGGGAUGCAGAACGAUGGAUGUCUCACCGUAUGUUGCCUGAUAACUUGAAGCAAAGAAUUCGAAGGUAUGAACAAUACAAAUGGCAAGAAAAUAGAGGUGUUGAAGAAGAGACUUUAAUUCACAACCUCCCUAAAGAUCUCAGAAGAGACAUAAAGCGUCAUCUUUGCUUAGCUUUAGUAAAAAAAGUGCCAAUGUUUGAGAAAAUGGAUGCGCAAUUGUUGGAUGCAAUGUGUGAUAGACUGAAGCCAGUUCUGUAUACAGAGAAGAGCUGCAUUGUUCGCGAAGAAGAUCCAGUUGAUGAGAUGCUUUUCAUUAUGCGAGGAAAAGUCGCUACCAUGACAACAAAUGGUGGAAGAACUGGUUUCUUCAACUCAUUAUUUCUAAUGCCUGGUGAUUUUUGUGGAGAGGAACUUUUAACAUGGGCUUUGGAUCCAAACUCCUCCUCGAAUCUACCUACUUCAACUAGAACAGUAGAAACUAUAUCAGAAGUUGAAGCAUUUGCACUCAAGGCUGAUGACUUGAAGUUUGUUGCUUCCCAAUUUAGACGUCUUAUCAACAGCAAACAACUCCAACACACUUUCAGGUCAUAUUCGCCACAAUGGAAGACAUGGGGUGCAUGUUUCAUACAAGCAGCUUGGCGUCGAUAUUGUAAAAAGAAGAUUGAGAGGACAUUGCGUGAAGCAGAAGACAAGCUACAAGAUGCUUUGGCAAAUGAGGAAGGGUCAACUAUUAGCCUUGGUGCAACAAUAUAUGCAUCAAGGUUUGCUGCAAAUGUAUUAAAAAACUUGCGAGAAAAUAACAGACAAAACAGAAUGCCGCAGAGACUACUACCUCUUUUGCCUCCAAAGCCAGCUGAACCUGAUUUCACUGCUCAAAAACACUAGACCUAGCUAAGAAUUUUAAGUUUUGAUAGGAUAGAAACUAUACAUGCUCCAUUGUAUUUAUAUGCAUAUACGUGUAAAAAUGUAAAUUUUGUUGUAUAAGUAUGCAGUUAGGACAAUUAUAGUCCAUUUUGCAUGUAGAACAAAGCACCUAGCUAGGUACAUUUCCAAUGAGUGGCUUUAUUUAUAGCUAGUUGAGUAAUUUACCUUUUCAUAGAGAUAUAUCUCCAGGGAGGGAUCAAAUUACACCAAUAUAAUGUUACACUACUCAAUUUUGUUUACUCGAUACAUAUUUUUUAAAGUUAA